AUGGAAUGCGAAGAAACUGAAUGGCGUCACCGGCAUGAUGCGCCCAUCACCCUUUCAAGCUCACCAGCUCCAGUGUUGGGAAGUGAGUCAUCUCAGCGCAAACGAAGCUUUUUUCUGAUUGACCACGACGAGGACGAGUCGGAGAGACCAUACGAUCCUGCGAAAGAGGCGCUCCCAAAGAAGGAGGUGAACCACAGGGCAUUUGCGGAAGCGGAAGAGGCUGCGAACGGCAUACCUGCAGAGAUUCUCGCCAUCAUCGACGAGCAACAUCGGACCAACGAAGACAUCACCUACAUCAAGGACCUAGCAAAAAAGGCCAUAUCACCCAACUACCCCGAGGGUGUGAAGGUCGGACUCAGAGGCGACUCUGGAACUGGUCAGCUCUACAUGUUUCCCUUGCAGCUCUACGUUACUGACUGUCCACCAGGAAAGUCGAGUCUCAUCAACUCGCUUCUUGGCAUGCCCAACAUUGCCCCACAGAGUGACGAUGGUGGAGCCUGUACCUCUGUGGUGCAAGAAUUCCACAAACCCCGUCCCAAUCAGCUGAACGCUUGUGAGGCCGAGAUCUUCUUUCUGACACCCGCUGUCCGUCUGACAAUUCUUCAGCAAUGGCUGAAAGAUGUCUACAAUUUUGAGCAUUCAGACGCAGAGCCCGGGGAUGAUGCAUUUGAAGGGGUGGAACAGGCAGCUUCGACCGCUGUCGAGGGCUUGUUUUCGCUUUUCUGCAACCAUGACGAAUGCUCAUCUCAAGACGCCGUUCGGAACUUCGUCGCCACUGCAAAGAGCCAGGACGAUGCUGGAAUCAUCUCAAAAUUGAAGGGAUGGACCGAGGAGUUGCUACAAAACUUGCAAGCUUCCCCUGGCAAGGUCGUCAUCAGCGACACUUCUCCAGAAAUGAUGCAGCAUAAGAUUGCUCCGUACCUCCAACAUGAGGUAUCUGACCACGACAGCGGCUGCUGCGUACCCUCGCCUUGGCCUUUUGUCAAGCUUGUGAAAACGUACUUCGAUUCCCCAAUCCUCUCCCAAGACAUUGUUUUGGUAGACCUUCCAGGAACGUCCGACACGAACCAAACCCGUGUGCGCGCCUCGCUACAGUACCUCCAGGACGUCCAGUUCAUUGGUGUCGUUGCAAAGGUAGAUCGAGUGGAAACCGACGCCGACACGCACAGGUACCUCAUCGAUGCGUUUCGGCGCAAACGAGGAGCGAGUGUCUUGAUGGUUGCUACUGGCUCAGACUCGGUCAAUAUCCGGCCCACCCAACUCAUGAAGCGCAUUAGUGCGGCAAACGCUGUCGACGCAGCUAACUUGACAACACUCAAAGAGCAAUUCGACAUGUCAGACCUUGAGUUGAAAAACAUCACCAAGGAGAUGAACGCAGCCCGGAGUCGAAGGGACAGAGAUGCCGUUGAGGAUUUGUCGGAGCGGAAGGGCAUCUUCGAGCUCCAGAAGGCGUCACUCGAAGCAAGUAUUUCCGAGUACUGCAUCAAGAUGCGUAACCUCAAGGUUACGCGCAAGGUCCGAGAGAAAUACUUGGAGCUAACCAAGGACCCCGUAUCACUCCCGAUGUUCUGCGUAAGCAAUUCCGAGUACGCCACUCACGCUCUGGGUUACGACAAGAAAUAUCCUCCAAAGAUGUCUGUCAGUGUGACCGGCAUACCAGACUUGCGAGCCUACCUGUACGCUCUGCCGGCAUUACGAAAGCUCCGCGCGUUUGAGCAUCACCGCAAAGUGGUCCUCCCGUCGCUCCUGAACAACCUCGAGAUGACUUGCUCACAGACCAAGCUCAUGAGGCGCGACGAGCUGCAGAAGAUCCUGUCGGGGGCCCCAGAGCCCGUGGCGGAUGAAAUUGAGAACGUCUUCAAAGUUUUACUCGAAACCGCAAUCAUCCCCGGAAUCACAGCCAUCAAGACGAACAAGAUCGCAUAUGCCGAGCAUGCGAUAGCUCAGCUUUCCAACUGGAAGAAUUGGGCCAAUUCGACGCACAAGGCCUUCUGCCUUCACAAAGGCAAUUGGCGCACGAAAAAAGUCGGGAAACAAGAUUGGAACCGGGAAAUGCUGGAGCCGCUGAUAAAGGCCGUCGAGAAAGAUAUGCGUGCAUGGGACGACGCAAGUUCUUCUCUAGCUUCCAGCCUAUCUGAAAGGCUUUGCGCCAUUGUUAAUGAACUGAUCUCACGUCUGGAAGUGGCCGCUGGAUCCUCCAAGAAUGCAAUGAAGCUAUACUUCGAUGAGCUCCGCAUACAGAACAGAGAACUUGACCUCCUGUGCCAGGAGAGAGCGGAGAAGGUCGAGAAAGAUCUCGGCAUCAUCAAAGAGAGAAUCACCGACACAGAUGACACGACCGAGUGUUACUUUGUAAAGAUCAUGGACUCUACCUACAUCGAAUGCGGCUCCAUCAUCGGGAAGUCUGCACGUGAGAACCGUGCCAACCUCAUGAAGAACAAGCUCGCCGAAAAAGUGCGCGGGCCUUUUCUAGAGCUCUUCAAAAUGGCCAAGAGCGAUUGCGAGAAGAUCAUCCAGCAACACACCAAGAAACUCACCCAGGAGGUUAUGGAGAUCUUCGCCAGAUUCAGUCGAACUUUCAUGCGUAGCUUCAAGACGGAUGAAGACGACACUCCAGAGGUAAAGGCGCUCAGGGAAGUGCUUCGUUACAAAGUUGCUGAUUGGCGGACGGUCCUGAGCGAUGACGUCGCUCGCCAUCUGAACACCUGCGCGGAAUAUGCCCAGCGUGGCUAG